AUGAACCUCAAAUUCGCGCUCUCAACAUCCGCGCCCUUCACUUUGUUCUCUCUCGGUUCAUCUCCCACCCAUAGCCCUAAAACCGUAAACACCAUGUUUCUCCAUUCCAUUCCAAAAACACGAACAGAUUGUGAGGAGAUUGCAACCUGCGACUGCAAAAAGGUUAUCUUGAAAUUGUUUGAGCGUAAGACAAAUUUCUUCAUCCAUCUGUGGUGUUUACUGGAACGAACCAGGGAGGGCAGCUUAUCACUGUGCUCCGUUCUGAGAAAUCAUUGGCAGUUGUUGGUUCUUUGUCCUAUAAGUAAUGUUGUUGUAUGGUUUUGUUCUUUGCAUCAUAAGCCCACUAUGCAUGUCAAAAAUUUAGUCAAAAGUAGUGUUAUGGCUGUGUAUAAUGUCAUGAAUGGUAGAUCUACUACAUUAUCAAAGAACUUAGAAUGGAUUUACCCCAUGAGUUAUAAACAACAAGGACAUUACGAAUGUGGAUACUAUGUCAUGAAUUGGAUGUCAGAAAUAAUUGAAGGGGGUAUAACAAAUGGUUGGAGUGAGCUUUUUGAAGAUACUACAGCAUUGGAGGAAACCAAAUUAGAAGACAUUUGGAUUCAUUGGGGAAAUUUCAUUUUAGAAAAAUUUAGAAAUAGAUCAUGUUGAAAGGUUUAGUAUUACAUGUAAAUUUUAGAAAUACGUGAAUGUGGCUUUAGCAUUAGGCGGCUAAGUACAUGU